UCUCGUGUUGAGUUGGCAGUUGGCUUGUUAAAGUUCGUGCUUUCGAGGUGAUAUCGAUCUAAACGAUGUGAACUGAAGUUGUGGCAGGAAGUCAAAAUGCCUUUCAGGAAAGCUCAUAUCCUCAUUAUUCUACUUGUUGCAAUUGUGCUUUUGAUAGUUAUGCACCAUAAUCUAUUCAAUGCUAAUGACCUAUUGAGGAAGGAGAAUUCAGAUUCAAAAUAUAAUGGAGUACGGAGGAUUGCACAAGAGAGAACUGGUGAAGAGAUUCCAAUUCUGAUCCCAGCUGUGGAGGAGCGACUUGGAGGCGUAAUAGCAGCUAUAAAUAGUAUAUAUAGUAACACCAGGUCAAAUGUGAUCUUUUAUGUAGUUACGACAAAUGACACCAUUGAUCAUUUAAGAGCUUGGCUUCAGAAGGAAGAACUGAUGGGUAUAAAGCAUAAAAUUCUUAGAUUUGAUCCUCGUGUUCUGAAAGGCAAGGUACAAGAUGAGGGUGAUUCAACUGAAAUAAAACCAUUGACUUUUGCAAGGUUUUAUCUACCUAUUUUGAUUUCUGGCACAGAGAAAGUCAUUUACCUGGAUGAUGAUGUGAUUGUGCAAGGAGAUAUCCGUGAACUUUAUGACACUGAGCUGAAGGCAGGUCAUGCUGCAGCAUUUUCUGAAGAUUGCGAUUCUGUAUCUUCAAAGGUGUUGGUUAGAGGUGCUGGAAGUCAGAACACUUAUUUGGGAUUCCUUGAUUAUAAAAAAGAAACCAUUAGGAAACUUGGUAUGAAGGCAAGCACAUGCUCCUUUAAUCCUGGUGUUUUUGUAGCUAACCUCACCGAGUGGAAGCAGCAGAACAUCACAGAGCAGCUUGAAAGGUGGAUGGAAAUCAAUGUAGUGGAGAACUUGUAUGGUGGUGCUCUGGCUGGCAGUGUUACAACACCCCCCAUGCUCUUGGUGUUCUAUAAACAAUACUCUUCCAUUGAUCCAUUAUGGCAUGUGAGGCAUCUUGGGUCUAAUGCUGGUACCAGAUAUUCAUCGCAUUUUAUUAAAGCUGCCAAGUUGCUUCAUUGGAAUGGACGUUUCAAACCAUGGGGGCGUACCUCUUCUUACAGUGACAUUUGGGACAGAUGGUACAUUCCAGACCCCACUGGACAAUUCCACCCAGUACGUAGACAUGCAGAGGAUGAAGAAGCUCAUUAGAAGAAAACAACAAAUGUGACUUUUUAAUCAUUAGCUUAGUUUGUACAAAAGUACCACCACUCAGGAAAUUGAGAUUCAAUUCAUUCUAAUUGUGCAUUCAGAUUGUUUCAUUUUUUAGGCUGUAUUUAAAUGCACAACAAACGAGACCACAGAUUUUACCGCUAUGGAGAAAACUGAGGACUUUUAGUCAUUCCUGAUCCUCGUAAAAUAAGAUGUUCAAAUCCUGUGUAAGCCUGGAUGAAAUAAUACGUGUGGUCUUACCUGAGCCCAGGUAAGACCACACGUAUUAUUAAAUAUUUUAAUAUUGAUCAUUGAUUCAUUCGGUCUCGAUUAAAUCACUUUUACUUAUAUAAAUUUGCAUGCUUGCAGUUGUUUCAUUCCAAAAUAACUGCAACAUCAUGAAACAAUUAUAAAGCAAAUGAAAACUUAACCAGGAACUGAAAUUUCUUCAAACUUGUAUUAA